GCAGUCCCGCCAGGAACCCGGAAGCCGAGGCGUGGCGCGGUGUGGGCUUGAGUUCCCCACCUGAAGACCCCCAUGAUGGCGCAGGAGGAGGGGCUGACGUCCAGCGCGCCUGCAAGCUCUCAGACGCUGCUGGAUGCUCUGCUCCAGAACCUCUACGACUUCGGAGAGAGGAAAGAUGAGACAAAACAGAGAAUUAAAAAGAAAAGGGAAAGCAAGAAGAGAGAUUUGAGCACCGCAGCAGUGUUGGCAGAAGGACCAGCUCUUCCACCUGAUUCUCUUGUAAGAGGCCAAAGGAAAAGUGCUUCCAGCUUCUUCAAGGAACUCAGAGAAGAGCUGCAUUGUGCUCCUGCUGUGACCUCCACAUCUUUCUCUUCAGAACCAGAAGUCGAUUCUGCAGUAUCUCACUCUCUGAGGAACAACAGGGAGCUAGUAGAAGUGGUAGAAUUUCACAGCAGACGCCAAAAAAGAAAACUGAAGCCUGGCCAAGAUGAGAUCCCAAAGACCAAAACCAGUGUCCUUGAGAAAGAUGUGGUUAUACAAGAAUUUAACUUAGAAAAGGCUCGUUUGGAAGUGCACCGGUUUGGAAUCACAGGUUAUGGAAAAGGAAAGGAAAGGGUUCUGGAACAGGAACGUGCCAUUAUGCUGGGUGCUAAGCCUCCCAAAAAUAGUUAUGUUAAUUACAAGGUUUUGCAGGAACAAAUCAAAGAAAAAAAGACAGCAAAGGAAGAAGAAAAGAGAAUGGCCCAAGACACAGAUAUUUUCAAGAAAAAGAAGAGGAAUCAGCAGGAAGACAGGAAAUCCCAAAAGAAGAAAUCGGCGCCCAGUAUUUUGUCAAGCGGACGGGUUGGACAGGUUGGAAAAUUCAAAAAUGGCACAUUGAUUCUGAGUCCAGUUGAUAUCAAGAAAAUAAAUUCCUCCAGAGUGGCUAAAUGAAGUACUUUAUAAACUAAAAAGAGGAAUGGAAACAUGCCAUCAUGCUGAAACUGGACCACUGCAAGACUUGAAGACGAUUCUUAUUUCACAUUUCACAGGCUAUUGUUUUAUGGUGCUGAACAUGUUGGGCCAAUUGCAGUGUGAGCAUAAAGUAAGCCUGCUGAAAAUAAUGUUUAAUAUUCAGCAAGGUUCACCCUUGUUUUAUUUUCAUUAGUGUUUUGUGCCUUUGCUUGUAAUAUAGUUUUUCAUAAUUUUACUGUUUUGUAAAUGCUAAUAAUUAACAUUAAUUGCUUUUUCAUUUUUUAAACAAUUUAAUAUUAUAUCAUGAAAGAACUAAGAAUAUGGUAAUUUGUCAAUUGUUUUGUAGAAAAGGCAGUUUUAAUUUUUAGUCUACCAAGUAUAUAAAAUCUACUUCAUAAGAAGUUAUUUAAAUAAAAUAUAACUUUUCUCAUAUAUAUGACUGUGACUAUUAAGUAACAGGACUGAUGAUUUUAGCUCAUAUACUAGGACUUACAUUCAGAUGAAUGUUGUCUCCUUUAAAGCAGUCACCUUGGGAAGCUGUUUGUAGAUUUUUAAUGGUACUGCCAACUUCAAUGAUGAUUAUUAAUUUUGUCUUUUUUUUUUUAGAUUGCCAAAAAAUUCAAAUCCAAGCCUAGCAAAUAAAGUUUUGGGCGAAAAAAUCAGAAGGAUAUGAAUGACUGACUUUCUUCUAUCACUUAUAAAUUGACUCUGAGGGCACUGCCAAAUGAGGAACUCAAAAAAUGUUUUGAAGAGUAUAAGCAAAAUUGGAAUGAGUAUUUUGUUUUCCUGGUUUAUUUUAAAAGGGCAGCGUUCAUUAGGACAUACUUUGGUAAUUUUUAA